ACCUAAGGAGCAAAACAACUAGAUUUUCCGCUAUUCAAUAGCUGAUCAUGGAAUCGACUUGCUUAGUUUGAAUUCAGAUUCAGACCAAUUAGUGUAGUGAUAUUGAAUGGACAUCGCAAUGUAUUUUAUUAAAUCAGUUUGGUUAAACUCUAAAUUGUUACAAUUAUUGACAUUGGGACCUUUGUCGAUUCUCCUUUUUGUGUUAUUUAAAAAGCUUUACAAUGCUGUUCGUUUCAUCUUACACUAUCGUUCAUUUCCUUCAAAGAAAAGCCACUUGUUUUUUGGUGACCUGAAAGAAUUGAUUCCAUCAUUUCCCUCACUCUCAUCUAAAGCAUCAUCAACGUACGCAGCUGAAUUUAUUUUGGAUCAACAAGCGAAAAAUGAAAAUGAAGGAGUCUUUGUGUUAUGGGUAUCUUGGUAUCCAGUGGUUUCUGCUUGCGACUAUCGAGCUGCUGAGGCUAUUCUGACUAAACCAAAUCACGACAAAGGCAGCUUCUACAAAUUUCUUGGUCUUAAAGAUGGUCUUGUGGUGUCUCAUGGGCCUAAAUGGAAGGCUAGAAGACGAAUGAUUGAACCCUUUUUCAGCACUAAAACCCUAUCAUCAUACCUCCCUUCAAUGAAACAAUCAUUUCGUUCAAUGAUAAAAGAAUUAGGAGAGGAAAAAAUGGAAUCCAUUGACAUGGGUGAAAAUAUUCACAAGUGUUCAUUGGAUAUUAUAAUGAAAAGUACUAUGAGUAUAUCCAUUGAAUCUUUGCGUGAAAGAAAAAAUGAAAUGAUAAGAGAUCUCGACUUUUGUGAGAAAACGGUCAUCACCCGUAUGCUCAAUCCUCUUCUGUGGCCUGAAAACAUGUUUUAUAAUUCCGAAUUAGGUAAAAUUUUCAAAGAAUGUGAAAAUCGAAUUGACCAUUUCACCGAAUCGAAAAUCAAAGAAAGACUUGAAUCCCGAACUGAGUUACCUAAAGUGAAUGAAUCAGAGAGAGAAAUGAGAAAUGAUUUCAUUGAUCUACUGUUAAAUCACUACAAGCCUGAUUCAACGGAUGUUACUAAAUCAAUUGACAUCGAAGGAAUGAAAGAAGAAAUACUUAACCUGAUUAUUGCUGGACACGACACCAUUGCUUCUGGACUUCGAUGGACCCUUUUCCUCUUAAGUUGCAAUCUAGACUGUCAAGAGAAACUUUAUAACGAGAUUUCAAGCAGCCUUGAUGAUGAUGACAAUCUCACAGACUUGGAAGCAAUCAGCAAAUUAACAUACCUGGAUCAAUGUAUCAAAGAGAGUAUGAGACUUUACCCACCGGUUCCCAUUUUGGCUCGAAUAUUAGAUCAUGAUGCUCAAGUUGGUAAAUAUCGCAUUCUUAAGGGCACAGUAAUUAUUUUCUCAUAUUAUGCCAUCCAUCGAGAUAGUAAAGUCUGGGAAAAUCCAGAUUCUUUUGAUCCAGAUCGUUUUAGUGAGGAAAGGUUUGCAAAAAUUCCAAAGUUUGCUUUUAUACCUUUUGGCCAUGGGCAAAGAAGUUGCAUUGGACAAAGAUUUGCCAUGAUUGAGAUGAAACUGUUCAUAAUACAUUUAGUUAGAAAAUACAAGCUUGUUUCAACUCAAACAGUUGAUCAAGUUAAAUUUGAUAUGGAUGUGACAAUGAAACCCAAAACCCCUCUUACAUUGAAACUUUUUCCAAGAGAGACACUCGCUUGAUCUUUCUUGAUUAUUGUAAAAAGAUGAGAUUGAAAUUUUGAAUAAAAUUGCUGUAUUUAAUUUUGAUA